AUGACUUUGGUUUAGGGAGAGCUACAAGCCUACAAUAGUACAUAGCAUAAGCUGCGUUUUGCAUCUGGAAAGAGCAACCGAGUUAGCUGAAGUGUGAAGGAAGCAAAGAAGCCAUGGAAGGUCAAGAAGGGUCUCAGCAGCCACAACUUGUACUCGCCGACAAGCUCUUCCUUCUCCGUCAACCCGAUGUCCCUGACAUCGAGAAAGUUCGCUUCAAAGACGACGUUUUCUCUUUCGUCAAAGAAAACGAUAUGGUUCCUUUGUACGAAACCCUAGUGGCUGAUUCGGUGUUGGACAUGGAUCGUGCCCUUUUGGAUUCAAUGCGUGCUAAGAUUGACGAUGAGCUCAAGAAGCUUGAUGAAAAGAUUGCUGAUGCUGAGGAAAACCUAGGUGAGAGUGAAGUUAGAGAGGCUCACUUGGCAAAAUCCUUGUUUUUCAUCCGGAUUGGUGACAAGGAGAAAGCCUUGGAACAUCUCAAGCUUACAGAAAGCAAGACAGUUGCAGUUGGCCAGAAGAUGGAUCUGGUGUUUUAUACAUUGCAGCUUGGUUUCUUUGACAUGGAUUUUGACCUCAUUGCCAAAAGCAUUGACAAAGCCAAAAACUUGUUUGAAGAAGGUGGUGAUUGGGAAAGGAAGAAUCGGCUGAAAGUAUAUGAAGGCCUGUACUGCAUGUCCACCCGAAAUUUCAAGAAGGCUGCCAAAUUGUUUCUGGAUUCUAUUUCGACCUUUACAACCUAUGAACUUUUCCCCUACGACACUUUUAUAUUUUACACAGUUUUGACAAGUAUUAUAUCGUUGGAUAGAGUUUCCUUAAAACAAAAGGUAGUAGAUGCUCCUGAGAUCUUGACAGUCAUUGGCAAAAUCCAAUAUCUGUCAGAGUUCCUAAACUCCUUGUAUGAUUGUCGAUACAAGUCUUUUUUCUCUGCAUUUGCUGGCCUGACGGAGCAAAUUAAGUUGGACCGCUAUCUGCAUCCACACUUCCGAUACUACAUGAGGGAGGUCAGAACUGUUGUCUAUUCCCAAUUUUUGGAAUCUUACAAGAGCGUGACAAUUGAAGCAAUGGCAAAAGCAUUUGGAGUGACCGUGGAUUUUAUUGAUCUGGAGCUCUCUCGAUUUAUUGCAGCAGGGAAGCUUCAUUGUAAGAUUGACAAAGUUGCUGGAGUUCUUGAAACUAACCGGCCUGAUGCAAAGAAUGCUCUUUACCAAGCAACUAUUAAGCAAGGCGACUUCCUAUUGAACAGGAUACAGAAGUUGUCACGCGUCAUCGAUCUUUAGGCCUUUCAUGUGAUUCUAAGUUCAUAUUUAUCUGAAAUAGUUGAGAUAUUGAGAUUUCAAGGGCAUCCCUUUUGAUUUUAAAUUUUACUAGGUGGGACUUAUGAUUUCUGUUGUCUCGUAAUUUAAAAAUUAAUGAACAAUCUUGUUUUUGGGAAUUCGAGUGAUUCUGGAUCCCAAUCAGUUUCAA